UCUACCUUCAUCUUCCGUCUUUUCAGAAGAUACAAUCAAGAAAAAACAAUUCUUAAAAUAACUAUGGCUCAAUCUGUGACUCCACAAGACGCUCUGGGGACAACAUCAACGGUGUUCCCCCGAUCCCACGAGCGCAUAGCCAACCCCAAGGACACCCCCUAUUUCAUCGACAAUGAAUUCCGCCUGUCCAGCGCCGGCGAAAAGAUUGAUGUGCAUGAUCCCGCCACCAAUAACCUCGUCACUCGCGUCCCGCAGAUGACCCGCGACGAGUUGACAGAGGCGGUCGCCAGCGCCCAGCGCGCAUUCCCCGCGUGGCAGCGCACCUCGGCUAUUGCCCGCCAGCAGAUCAUGUUCCGGUACGUGGCCUUGAUUCGGGAGAACUGGGACCGUCUGGCAGCCAUGAUCACGCUGGAGCAGGGAAAGACGCUGGCGGACGCGAAGGGGGAUGUCCUCCGUGGCCUGCAAGUGGCUGAGGCUGCGUGUGCGGGGCCCGAAUACAUGAAGGGCGAGGUGUUGGAGGUCGCCAGGGACAUGGAGACGCGGACGUACCGUGAGGCUCUGGGAGUGGUUGCUGCCAUCUGUCCGUUUAACUUCCCCGCUAUGAUUCCCUUAUGGUGUAUCCCCAUCGCCACGAUCACCGGCAACACGCUUGUACUGAAACCGUCCGAGCGGGACCCCGGCGCUGCCAUGAUUCUCGUGGAAUUAGCCGCGCAGGCGGGCUUCCCCAAGGGCGUGAUCAACGUCGUGCACGGAACCCACGACACAGUGAACUUUCUACUCGAUGCGCCCGAGAUCAAGGCAAUCAGCUUCGUCGGCAGCAACAAAGCCGGGGAAUACAUCUUUGCGCGGGGCUCCGCGAACGGGAAGCGCGUACAGGCCAAUCUAGGAGCAAAGAACCACGCGCUGGUCAUGCCCGACUGCGACAAGGACUCGGCGUUGGAUGCCAUUAUCAGUGCUGCUUUUGGCGCUGCCGGGCAGCGCUGCAUGGCCUUGUCUGUUGUGCUGUUUGCCGGAGAGACGAAACACUGGCUGCCCGAACUCGUCGAGCGUGCCAAAGCGCUCCGCGUGGACGGCGGCUUCGAAGAUGGCGCGGACCUGGGCCCGGUGGUGACGCCGCAGAGCAAGUCGCGUAUUGAGACGCUGAUUGCCAGUGCUGAGGCCGAAAAAGCCACCAUCCUUCUGGACGGCCGCGGGUAUAAGCCCAAGUCCUAUCCUGAUGGCAACUGGGUGGGGCCGACGGUCAUCAGCGACGUGCGUUCCUCGAUGCAAUGCUACCGCGAAGAGAUAUUCGGGCCGGUGCUGGUUUGUCUGAAUGUGGAUUCCCUGGACGAGGGUAUUGAUUUGAUCAACCAGAACGAGUACGGGAAUGGCACGGCGGUGUUCACGUCCUCCGGGGCGGUGGCAGAGCGAUUCCGCAAGAACAUCGAGGCCGGGCAGGUUGGAAUCAACGUUCCUAUUCCGGUCCCUCUGCCUAUGUUUUCCUUCACUGGCAACAAGAGGAGUGUUGCGGGAGGCGGUGCUAGUACUUUCUACGGACGCCCGGGUGUCAACUUCUAUACCCAGCUAAAGACGGUCACGUCCAAGUGGGCGAGCAGAGAUGCUCCUGCUGCGAGGACAGGAUUGGCCAUGCCUACGAAUCAGUAGAUGGACAAUCGUGUACGGUCAAGCUUCCUAGAAUUACAAUAAGAAAAUAUACGUUCUCUCAUUCCUCAUAAAUCAUCGUUCAUGGUGUGUUCAUAGACUGAAUCCAGCUAAAUCCAGCCAAAUACUGGUUUGCACCCUGCCCAAUUCAACAUCAACAAUAUGCUACAAACAUUGACUUGUUUCCAGGCUAUUAGUAACGCAUGCUGUUCUUAACAUGCCAAGGUCCGAUUACGUCUCCAGAUUCUACCUAGAUCUAAGCACCUACCUGGUCCAGAUCCUUGCAUAGUGCUCGAUAUCGCCAUUGGCCGCGUUCAAGGAUACUCGCAAGCCGGACAUACUAGCCAAGCAAACUGCCCAGCUAUCCAUCAAAGAAUCCGGGGAUAACCGCCGAAGCACCGAUUACGUACAAGCCCUCAAGCAAUUGGAUGACUAGACCGAUCUUGUCCAGGAUGCGCGCACUAUCCCGACCGGCCAACAUCUACCAAGACAUUAGUUAGCCGAGAGAAUGCGGGGAAAGCAUCUGGCCCUGAUAAGAUCUUAUCAGACUUAUCACUGCGUUAU